AUGUCAGUUAAUGGAGCGGAUGAUGGUGGCAGUACUACACCAGUAGAUCUUAAAGCACCUAUUUUAGAGGUAAGGUGCGGGCAUUUGGUGGCUCGUCUACACACUGAAAAGUUCGUCUGUCCGGGAAUACAUCAACCAUGCAUUGAGCUGGAUGGUGAAUUGAUCAGCCCCAAAGAAUUUACAAUACGUGCUAAUAAGGAUAAGCAAAAGGACUGGAAAGGAAGCAUCCGUAUUGGAAAAUCAAAUAUGAGAGCAUUAAUGGAAAUGAAAAGCCUCGAUUUUUACAAUCACGAGAAUUACUGUAGCGCCAAAUGUCAGUCACGAAAUUUUAUGUCGUUUAAGAAUCAUCUUACUGAAGCAUAUUUAAACGCCGAUUUACUUUAUGGUGCGACGUCGUCUUCAUUUGAUGAAGAUAAGAAAAGUGGCAUUAUGAGCCUUUAUUCACAAGUGAAUGAACGGAGUAAUUCGGUUGUUAAUGCAAUAAUGUCAACGUUUAUGAAGGGUCAGAAAUUCGAUGAAGAUCUCAUACCGGCAGAAGAAGAUACAGCCGGUUCAAGUAACAGUGCCGUAAUGGUGAUGAAAAACCAACCAAUUAAAUUUUGGGCAGGAAUGGAUGAAAUGGGACUUUUAAGUGAUUUGACAGAUGUUAUGAUCACUUCUAUGGAACAUCUUCGUCGCCUUGCACUGAUGGGACCCUCACAAAGGGAUGCAGUUGCUGAGAGAUUGACUCGAGUUGCUGGCGCAUUGGAUUUGGACGAAACUAUCGGUUCCAGGAUACAAGCAGAGCGGCUUAAUUGUACUGUGGAAACAAGUCUGUUGAGCAACGAAAUUCAAGCAGAACUGCAAAAGAAAACCGAAGUAAGCUGGCGUAGACUGGAAGAGUCACGACGGAAGGCGUCUCGUAUUGAUGACCUCUUCUGCGAGGAUUCCUCACCAAGUGUACCAGGGAAACGUCGAAGACAUUCCGCUGCAGCCCCUGCAUGUGUUACAGUGUCAGCGAUAACAUCUGCACCUACUUCUGCUACUGCAACUGCAACUGCAGCACCAAUCAUCGAUGAAAAUAAUGGCUUAUCAAUGGUGGAACAGUGA